AUGAUUUACCUUUCUGUCUAUUUGAUCCUGCCAUUCUUACCCUACAUCUAUUUCGCUGUCCAAAGUGGUGGCAAGAAGAAAAAGGAUACCACAAAAAAAAGUAGGAAGAAACAUUCAAGCAAAAAAGAUAAGAAAAAGGAGAAGAAGGAGAAGGGGAAGAAAGAGGAGAAGAAGGAAGACGAGAAGAAAGAAGAGAAGAAAGACGAAAAGAAAGAAGGGGAGAACAAGGACGAGCAAAAAAAUGAAGAAGGAGAGAAAGAGGGAGAGAAGAAAGGGGAUGAGAAGGACGAGGAAAAAGAAAAGGACAAAAAUGAGGAAGAGCUCCCACUAGAUGUUACUAUGCCAUCUGAAUCGAAGGAAGAGCCACCGGCACCGGGUGACACAAAAAAGGGAAUAAAGCUGAGUCCUAGCAGCCUAGCAUGGGAGCCAAAGGCGUCGAAGCAGGUGCUUAAAGUCACAAAUGCAACGGAAGAGAAGCAGGCGAUGAAAAUAAAGUGCUCCAACAAUGCUAUAUUCAGGUGCGACUUUACUUUUCUUUCACUUAAUUUGGAGGAACAGCUCUGGGUGAAGGGUAUCCGCACGACAACCUCACUGAAGACUGUCCACCCAAAAGGGGAGACAAAAGCGACUUAG